AUGGGCGGUACUGUCAGGAUGCUGGGCCUUACCACAGUUGUCGCAGUUCUGUGCGUGCUGCCUGUAAACGGGGACGAAGCAGUCUCGGGUGGAACGGUUGUGGUCCAUGAUGUGACCCCCACUUCAUGCAAAGAUGGGAAACUUGAGUUGCCGUUACCAGCCAAACAGGAGAAACUGGUUUUCAAGUGUGGCGAUUCACUUUCUCACCUCAACCCCUCCGACGCUGGCUACGUCUACCAGGGAGAGACCGCGUCUAAGGAGUCGAAAAAGCUUAUGAGCGAGGUAAUCUCCGGGGCAAGUCUUCAAAGUAAGACUCCAGCUGAAAAUCAAAAUACUCUCGCUGUCCCCAGCGACCGCAGGCCUGAUCAAGGAGUAAAGGUGACAUUCAUUUGCCAGAAGGAUCCCGUUCAGGGAGACCCGAUCAAGCCUUCCGAAAACACGUGCACGGUAACUGUCAACAUCGAGGGCAAAAAACAGCCCGAGAAAGAAGAGGAAAAACCAUCAGGCGAAGAAGGCAAGGCGGACACGCCCUCACCGGCAGAGACCCACACAUGCUCUGCGGGCAAAGUGGAAGAAAUUUCAGUCUCCAAAGCGACAACCGAAGUGAAGAUGAAAUGCCCCCACGGUCUCACCUUCAAGCCCGUCGAAGCAUGCCACGCAUAUGCGGCCAACUGCCAGGACAGCGUGCCUCUGAAGUCCCUACUCACGGGAGCUGAGAGGAAGGACGCCGGUGACAUCCACACUUUGAGUGUUUCCAUCCUCCCCGAGGGCUCUGAGUCAAAAGUUCUUUGCUACCGUUGCGACGCUGGCGACGCUGGUGCCGGCAAGACGAAAGAGCAAGAAUGUCAAUUCCGAAUUACUGUUAAGGGUGCUGAUUCAGUUGAUUCAGGGGUUGAUCUAGUGGCUGUGCGGACGGGUGUCAGUCUGUCGAUGGUCGGCGCAUUCGUUGCCGUCGUGUCUGAGAUGGUUUCCGAGUGA